ACCCCCCCAUUUGCUCCAGAUCGAUUUCGAACGCAACCACCGAUGACACCCCAGAAACGUCAUCUUUGACGUAGUGAUCAUCAUCAUCGUCGUCAUGUGCGGACGACUUCUUCUCAUGCCGUUGCUCUUGGGGCUCUGGGGGUCGGGGGAGGCCGGCGUGCUGCUGUGGGGACCGCAGGAGAUGCUCCUACCGACGUUGUCGCGUUUCGACGAUCAUCAGUUGGAGGAUCUUCUGCAGAAAUUAGACAAACCUAAGGUGGUGGCUUUUCGAGGCGACCACACGCUCCUUCUCGGCGACGAUCUUCGGGUGCUGCUGCAGGACGAGCACACCGCAUACGUGCCGAACGUCGACAUCGACGUGGAAGAUUUGAUCGUGUUGGAUGGAGAUGUCGAGAGCGAUCUGUCGGUGAUCAGGGGGAAGCUCGACGAGCAUCGGGAUGAGAACGUGUUGGCAGUACUGAUGGAUGGGCGGAGUCGCGUGAAGAGGGAGGAGCAACAGGAAGGCGAAGGUGGAGCUGGUUAUGAGGAAACGGAGAAUCCUGUUGAUCAACAGAUGGCGCAGCAGGAAGAAGAGGAAGAGGAACGUGCCGAAGAGGUGGAGCAGUUGGGAAGGAGAGAGGGUGGUGCUGAAACGCCGGCGUCGACGACUGCUGCACCGGCUGCUGCUGAGCCGCCCACCAAGUACGAGGAGCACGUCGGACCCGUCCUCUACAAUGCGAACGGAAACGCGAUGGUCUUCCUCGCGAAAGCCCCAUCGCUGAAGGUGAACAAUACUCUGAUGUCGCUGGGCAAGGCGACUUUGGUGACUGUGGACAACCGUACGAAGUUCAGCAAGUUGAGCGUGACAAUCCCUAUAGCUGACGGGGGAAAGGUGACUCUCCGAUUCAAGUUCAUGUGGACGGUGGGAUACUGGUCUCUGGAUCUGAUCGAACUCGAGAUGGACGCUCAGACGUACACGCUCACCACGAGCAGGGACAUCGUGUCCGCACGAAACUUUUCGUACCAUUGCAGCGGUCCGAUGAUCUUCAUGAACACCGAGAACAGCAUCAAGCUGAGUCUGUACAGUCUCCAGCUGCAGCCGAACACCAAGAAGGGCCGUUUCGACGAUGCCUACGAUUGCGUCUCCUUCACCACCGCACCCAUCUGGUCGGGCAUCUUCGUCUCUUCCAUAAUGCUCGUGGUUCUCGCCCUCGCCCUCACCGCCCUCAACAACAUCAAAACGAUGGACAAGUUCGAUAACAGCAAAACCAAGCAACUCUCCAUCACCGUCUCCGAGUGAAUCGUCGCAAGCUUCGCAUAACACCAUGCAGCAACAGCAGCCAAUACCAAUAAUAAUACUUUAAUGUUGUAAAAAAA